CGCCGUUGGUGUCGGUGUGGUCCUGCCGCCCGCGCCCUUCCGAUUCCGGGACCAGGAGCCGGGGCAGCGAGGAGCCAGCAUCAGCUGUGACACGGAGAGCCAUCCUAUGUGUAUGGACUCUAAGCCUCCAUCAUGGGGCAUAUGCUAUCCAGAGUGUUCGGGAACAAAGAGAUGCGAAUAUUGAUGUUGGGUCUAGAUGCAGCUGGGAAGACCACCAUUUUGUACAAGCUGAAGUUGGGCCAGUCCGUCACCACCAUUCCCACCGUAGGUUUCAAUGUGGAAACUGUGACCUACAAGAAUGUCAAGUUCAAUGUGUGGGACGUUGGUGGCCAGGACAAGAUCCGUCCCCUCUGGCGGCACUAUUAUACAGGCACACAGGGCCUUAUAUUUGUAGUAGACUGUGCUGACCGAGAUCGUAUUGACGAAGCACGGCAAGAGCUGCACCGCAUAAUUAAUGACCGAGAAAUGAGGGAUGCCAUCAUACUAAUUUUCGCCAACAAACAGGACCUGGUGGAUGCCAUGAAGCCACACGAAAUCCAGGAAAAGCUUGGACUAACCCGUAUCAGGGAUAGGAACUGGUACGUCCAGCCGUCAUGUGCCAACACCGGAGAGGGACUCUAUGAGGGCCUCAUGUGGCUAACUUCAAACUACAAAUCUUAAAGUCUUCUUUUUAUGGUGGAAGUUUUUUUUUUUUUCUUAUAUAUUUUUUUUUUCUGUAAUUUUAACGGCUCACUAGAGGAGCUUUAAAGGGAGUAUUCCUUAUCAACCAAAUCUUGGUGGCCCAUUUUGUUAUGUUAUAAGAGUUGAAGGGAGAUUUUGGCGCUGCUGGGCUGCAAAGAACUUGCAGGAUACUGACAGCCCCUUGCGAUAUCUGCCUUAAUUAAUAGUGUAAAGCGGUUAAUACAAAUGAACAUUCGAUCUUCCUUCAGACCUCAGCAGUCACAUCUUUUGUCUGCUCCCCUGUACUGUUAAUGAAAAGGGCUGGUAACCUCGGCAGCAAAAAACCUUGCAACAGCCUGGCAGUAAAAUGAUCUGUUUUUACAUAGGGAAGAUUUAGUGUUACAUUAUCAUGGAUGCAUCCUCUUAUAGUGUAACGCCUCAUACCAGACCUGUGCCUGAACUUUAUAAUGCUUGGCAGAUUGUGUUUUUUCAUCAGCAAAAUCUGUUUAUCGGAUGCCAUUUUCGUUAGUUGAUAAUUAGUCUGAUGUUCAGUGCAUGUUGCAAUUUUCGGGAGCUGAAUUUGGAUUCAUUUACCUAUUAACGCAUUCCUGUACUAGCAUUCCAUAAACCGUUAUUGACUGUUAUUUUUGUAGGUAACAUUCCCCAUCCAUGUUAUUUUAACGGUGCUUCCAAUCUUUCUCUUCAUUCCACUGUUGGUAACAAAAUGCGCCCAUUUAAACGUACCAUUUCGGUAUAGCCAUUUUCUAACAUUGUAUAGGCCUACAGAUCUGUACAAAACGAUGGUCUAAACCGUUUGUCUCCCGAUGCUCAUAUACUGCUACAUGCAAUGAUAACAAAUCCUAUGAGCUAGGUAGACAAGGCAUCUUAAAAAUUAAAAAAUAAAGAGCACUUUUUUUCCCGUUUUGCAAAAACGAUGUCAAUGCCUAAAACUACUUGCUAGCCCCUUGAUUGGAGGAUUAUCUGGCAACGUAUUUUUGUAGAAAUUUGUCUAUCUCUGCCUGUUACAUAUUAUAUGUUUGUUGCUGAGCAGGUAAAAAGAUUGAGUCACAUUUCAUUUUUUUUUUUUUUUUUUUUAAUGGUUUAAUUACUACUAAGUUAUGCUUUUGAAUCUAAAAGUGCUUUAGUGGCUGUCACGCCACUGACCUCUUAAUAUUCUGUUCUUAAUGAAACUCCCUACUUGUGGCAACUAAAUUUGUGGCCAAAGCUCAGUUUAGCCAAUUAUCCUUUUUGAUAAUAAAACAAUGACACAAGUCAAUAUAUUUGCACUUGACUAUAUAAAUCAAGUCUUUGUGAUAAUUUUUUUUCUUCUUUAUAAAAUCACAUCCACUUAGUGGCCUCCGGUAUGGUGUUAAAAUACAGUGUUAAUUGUUGAUUAUGAGGCUGUCCUACUUUAAGAAUACUUAAUUUUGUCUGGCUCAGUCUUCCAGCCUGACAGGCAAUCUUGUCCUGCUGCUAUACCAAUACAUAGGUGAUGUGGCAGGAUGGAAUUCUUACUGACUUAUGUUGCUGAGCUAUGCAGACUCCCCUUGCUGUCUUUUUUUUGCCCCACCUUUCCCCUAUGCCCAAAUGAUAUUCCUAAUCCAGAAUGUUUUACUUCCAAGAUGAUUUUUGUUUAAUGUUGUAUUGCUUAAAAUUUCAACUGAUCAAUAAAAGUUCAACAAUGCAUCCAAA